UUUCGCUUGUGAUAUGGAGCAUCGUCUUGGACGGGGGCGCGUGGAAUGGUGAUAGCCUUGAUGAAUCGUUUCUCCUCGAUAAGGCGCGCCCGAGAACAUGAAAAAAUGUCACACCGUUACAUGCAGGUGUGACAAGCUAGCAUUGAGGUUAGGGUCAUGCUGUAUGUGCGUCAUUUGGGGUGGCUACCGUCAUGGUGUCUAUUCUGCGUCAUCCGACAUGUCCUCCACUAUUCAACAUGGAACAACCGCGCCUUAUAAGCAUCGACCUCGACUUCUCGGCUUGUUCCAAACGUUCAUCUUCGUCGCCGUCGUCGUCGCUCUCCUUGCAUACGUUCUAAAAUGAGGCCGACGAUUCUUCUCCUAUUCGCGCUUGGCGCGUCUACUGCGCAAGCCUCUUGGUUUAGCUCUGCUAAACGAACUGAGACGUCACCAUCAGCGUGGAGUUCUGAACAGCUUGCCAAGGCGCAGGCCCUCUUUCAAGGUCUCAAAGUCGACGCGUUCGAUACUUGGGACGAAUCCCGUCUCCGAGAGUUCCUUCUUGAACAGGGCGUCGUAGCACCGAGUGGUACUCGCGAGCAGCUUGUCCUUCUAGCAAAGCAGAAGUAUAACUUGUACAGUAGCGCCGCUAGCUCGUAUUCUGCCAGUGCGUCUUCGCUUGCAAGUCAAGCUAGCGAUACCGCCUAUACUGCUCUUUACGGAGACUCGAAGUCUCAAGCAUCAAAAUCGGUCAGCUCCUAUGUUGCCCAGGCCACCUCCGAUGCCUCGCGGAAGCUUGAUGACUCGAAGGACUAUGUAUACUCAACAUGGGACGACAACCGUCUUCGAAAGUACCUCGAGGACAAGGGUGUCAUAAAGACCAAGCAACAGGCUACUCGAGAUGAACUCCUUGAGAAGAUGCGAGAGACUUAUUCGCAGACAACGAACCCCAUCUGGAAAGCGUGGUCCGACUCCUACAUUCAUGAAUGGCUCGUUUCCCAUGGCAUUCUCCACCCAGAUGAACACAAGCCCAGAGAUCAGCUCGUGUCUGACAUGAAGAAGUAUUACUACGACAACAAGUUGAAGGAUACUGUCUACACUUCUUGGUCCGAUUCACAAAUUCAUAAAUGGCUCAUCGACCACGGUAUCAUCAAGACCGACGCGCAGGUCGAGCGUGAGAAGCUGGAAAAGUUGAUCGCUGAUCACUACGCCAACGCAAAGGACACGAUUUGGUCGAGUUGGAAGGACAGCGAUAUGCGCGAUUGGCUAAUUGCCAAUGGAUAUCUCAAGAGCGACGUUCAGAAGACUCGUGAAGAGCUUGUCGACUUGAUGGAAUCCAAGUAUGUUUUCUUGACUCGUGCUAGUAUUACUGUAUCUCUGAGCUUGGUACGCAGAUACAAUGACGCCUCCACACGUACCGCUGCCUAUCUCGUGUGGCCCGAUGCUCGUCUCCGCGCCUACCUUCGCGAGCACGGCAUUUCGGACGCGGCACUGCCAACGUCUCGCCCCGGACUUCUUCAGGAGGUUCGUAUUCGAUGGGUGCAAACGACCACUCGUGCUGAAGCACUCUUCGCGACCAUCCGUGAGGUGAUCACCAGUGGCGUUGAGGCAGCCGAGGAAAAGCUUGGAACAGUGCGUUCACGCCGUCUUCAUUUCAGGCUUCUUUUUAACAUUUGCUAUCCACAGAUUCUUGAUAUCCUCACCGGACAUGUCGAGUCUGCCAAGACUCGUGCCAACGAGGCCCAGGAUGCGACGAAAGACUAUGUCAACGAAAAAUAUGCCGAGGGGAAAGACUACGCAGGUCAGAAGGCUGGUGAGGCAAAGGCAAAGGCCGGUGAUACCUAUGAGUAUGCUUCUGACAAGACUGCAGAGGCUAAGGGUAAGGCUGGAGCGAAGUCGGCGGAGUAUUCGAGUGCUGGGAAGAAGUAUUGGAAUGAGAAGGUAGAGGCGGCGAAGAAGAAGGCGGAUCAGGCGAAGGUCGAACUGUGAGUUGGUUGUGGAGAGUUGUGGAGGUGGCUUUUGAUGGCUUCGUGAUGGCUUGUUGAUGUUUUUGCAAUUGUAUGUAUCACACUAACUCUGUAUCAUAGUCUGUCUCAUAGUCUUGCCUGUAUAUUCUUAAUAGAUUACUCACAGGUCUGUAUCAUUAUCUGCAGAGCAUGCUGCUUACAGCCCAUCUUCAUGAUGAUGGAUGAAAUAUAGCAAGAUAUAGAAUAUUGCAAAGAGGAACUCUGAUAGUUAAAAAAAAAUGGAGAGGGGGCAAGUGGCAAAUACAAUAGAUAAGAUACAGAGUGAGAACUGUUGGAG